AUGGCUUCUUCUACAAUGAAGGUAGAGAUUGUUUCAAGAGAAACAAUCAAACCAUCCUCUCCAACUCCCCAUAACCUCAACAUUCACAAGCUCUCUUUGCUCGAUCAAAUGAUGUUCAUAGAAUACAUUCCGGUAAUUUACUUCUACCCUUCGAGUGGCAAAACCACACCGAAUAUCCAAUCUGAAAGAUUACAUAUUCUCAAGGAAUCUCUAUCAAAAACCCUAACCAGGUACUACCCGUUUGCGGGAAGGUUAAGAGACGAACACUCAAUCGAAUGCUAUGAUCAAGGUGUUGAGUUCGUGGAAGCACGAAUCAGUUGUGCUCUAUCUGAUGUCCAACAGCAACAACCCGACUCCGAAGAAUUCCAAAAACUACUACCUAUUGAGGUCGGAACCACAUCCGCGUCCACAAGUUUUUUGCUACUAAUUCAAGUCAAUUUCUUUCAAUGUGGUGGCAUGGCGAUCGCGGUAUGUCUUACUCACAAGAUCGCUGAUGGACUUUCCUUUUUUACAUUUGUCAAGACCUGGGCCUUGAUUGCUUCCAAGUCGGAUCAACCCAUCCAAGUUCCAGAUUUUUCAGUUGGAUCGUCUCUUUUUCCUCCUACUGACUCUUUGUCAUUUCAUCACAUAAAAUUUCCAUUAGGUAACUGUGUAAUGAGAAGACUCAUUUUUCGACCGUCAGGCGUAGCUGCGCUCAAGACUAAAGUUGCUAGUCCCAGUGUGCCAAAUCCCACUAGGGCGGAAGCAAUAACAGCGCUUCUUUGGAAGUGUGCAAUUACUUCAGCAAGAUCAAUUCGAACUAUUAGAACAUCCAUCGGCAACCGCGCCAUAAACUUGCGGAAUGUAUUGUCGCCAAACUUGCCCGUUAGCGCAACUAGCAAUUUUUUGGCAUAUGUCGCUACUCACAUAAACAUAGAAGGAGAGCUAGAGUUACAAACAUUGAUUCGCCAGUUAAGGAAUGUGUUGCAAGAGUACAGGAGAAAGGAGGGUGAAAGUCUUUUGGGGUAUAAGGAUGUAGAGAUAGAAGGAGAAGCUGAUGAUAUGCACUUCUUUUCUUGUAGUAGUCUUGUUGGGAUGCCAACGUUUGAUGCUGAUUUUGGGUGGGGAAAGCCAAUAGGGUGGACUUAUGUGAGGCUAAUGUUUCCAAAUACGGCGUUCAUUCGAGACACUAGAGACGGUGAUGGGGUUGAAGUUUUGGUGUGGUUGAGUAAAGAAGAGAUGGUUGUUUUUGAACGUAAUGAGGAGCUUCUUGCAUUUGCAACUUUAAGCCCUGGUUUCUAUGGAGAUUCUAGUGGAUAUGGCAUAAAUCCGAAUUCGAGACUCUAG